AUGGCAUCCAAGGAGCUCCCCGCACGUCUCAAAGAGGGACUUGAGAACACCAAGGUGGAGUACCGCCAGCUCGGCAAGUCCGGACUACGCGUUUCAGUCCCGAUCUUUGGCUGCAUGAGCUUCGGAGACUCUCGCACUUUGGGCUGGGCCUUGAAUGAAGAUGAGGCGGCGUAUGAUCGAGGAUUGAACACCUGGGACACGGCCAAUGUCUACUCCAACGGUGCAUCGGAGAUUACUAUUGGCAAGGCCCUCAAGAAAUACAACAUUCCGCGUCAAAAGGUUGUCAUAUUGACAAAGUGUUUCUUCGCCGUUGGCGAGGAACCCGAGACUCGGCACUUCAACUACCGCGAGGAGAUCAAUAAGUCGAAAGACUACCAGAAUCAAUGGGGUUUGUCCCGAGGGGCCAUCUUCAACCAGGUUGAGGCGUCCCUGAAGCGACUCGAUACCCCGUACAUCGACCUCCUCCAGAUCCACCGAUUUGAUCCUAAUACUCCCAUUGAGGAGACGAUGAAGGCACUACACGAUCUCGUCCAAACAGGAAAGGUACGAUACAUCGGUGCAAGCAGCAUGUGGGGGACACAAUUCGCCCAGAUGCAAUUCGUCGCCGAGAAGAACGGAUGGACCAAAUUCGUCAGUAUGCAGAACCAGUACAACCUCCUAUAUCGUGAGGAAGAGAGGGAGAUGAACCGGUUUUGCAAUGAUACGGGCGUGGGUCUCAUCCCUUGGGCCCCUCUGUGUCGUGGCCACUUGGCUCGACCUCCAAAGGAUUUCGGCUCCACCUCCCGUAGCAAGAGCGAGAAAGAGAGCCAACCCGGUAGCCACGGGACAGUCGAGCCGGACCUUACCAUCAUUAAGCGUGUACAAGAGAUCGCGGAUAAACGUGACUGGCCCAUGGCCCACGUGGCUCUUGCAUGGAUCAACAAACGCAUUACGAGCCCCAUCAUUGGCUUCAGCAGCGUCGACCGAAUUGACCAGGCUAUCACUGCGGAUGGUAAGGUUCUGACUGAUGAGGAGGAAAAAUACUUGGAGGAGUUGUACCAGCCCAAGGCUAUCUCUGGCCAUAUGUAA